AUGUCUUUUUACGAUUUAAGUCCUCUCGAUUCUAAAGAUAAGCCAUUCCCUUUUGAAGAAUUAAAGGGUAAGGUUGUAUUGGUAGUCAAUGUUGCAUCCAAGUGUGGCUUCACUCCCCAAUACAAGGAAUUGGAAGAACUUAACAAGAAAUAUCAAGAUCAAGGAUUACAAAUAAUUGGUUUCCCAUGUAACCAAUUUGGUGGUCAAGAACCAGGUAGUUCUGAAGAAAUUGCCAGCUUUUGUUCGCUCAACUAUGGAGUUUCAUUCCCAGUGUUGAAGAAAGUCGACGUCAACGGAGACAAUACAGACCCAGUGUACAAAUACUUGAAAGGAGAAAAACUGGGCUUGCUUGGAUUAAACAGAAUCAAGUGGAACUUUGAAAAGUUCUUGAUUGACAAGAACGGUAAGGUUGUUGAACGUUAUUCUUCAUUGACCAAGCCUGCUUCUCUCCUGCCUACAAUCGAAGAGUUAUUGAAGAAAUAG